AAAAUAAAAAACCGUGCAUGGCGAAAGCUGGAUACUAAUAGAUAUAUCUGCAGAAAUGGGCAAUUUUGUAAGUAGACAAAACGUAGCUGUCGAAGAAGCUGACCAUAUUACCAAUCAUGCCUAUAAAUAUCCACCACGUAUUGGAAAUUUCUUUGGCACUCAUUUUAUAAUGGGUGGUGAGCGAUUUGACACGCCCCAACCAGAGUCAUAUUUGUUUGGUGAGAAUGCGGAUCUUAAUUUCUUGGGUAAUCGCCCCACAGCAUUUCCCUAUCCGCCACCACAGGCCAACGAACCUACCAAAACUCUCAAAAGCCUCGUCAACAUAAGAAAAGAAUCGGUGCGCUUUGUGAGAGUACCGAAUGAUAAAAAGUCAAGCUGUGCUGAUGUUAAGACCUUGCAGCAAAAUGAAAAAAAUAGAAAACUAACGGAAACUGCAUCUAUUGAGGAAGUGGACGGCAGCGUUCUCUGUAAUAUGGGUGGAGUAAAUAAAGGAAUAGAGGCGGUGCCACCAAACUACAAUGUUGAGUUUACCUUCGAUUCCGACGCAAAAUGUGCUAUAACUAUAUAUUACUUUUGUACAGAAGAUGUGAGUUCCAGUGGUAUAAGGCUAACUCCACGCGAUGGAUAUUCUCUUACAUCUGAUACGUACCAUUACGAAAAAGGUAUCAAUCAAUGUUUUUCACAACCCAGCCACGUAUUUAACCCACACGUAAUACCCGAAGAUGACCUUUUAUACAAUGCUGGUCGCGAACAAUACCCAGUUGCUAUACAUUGCGUCAUCGAAGAAGGCAAUGAAGAUUGUCGUCAGUCGCAUACUACAAUUUGCGUAAUAGACCACCACCCAGAAACAUGCAGUUAUGUGCUACGUGCACUUAAGCAGAAAAUUUUUGUGGACGGUCUAUGCUACUUAUUGCAAGAGAUCUACGGCAUUGAAAACAAAGCAGUUAACAAAGCGACGAUGGAUGAAGAAAUUGACGAUCAUGGCAGUGAGUGCGUUAUUUGCAUGAGCGAAACCCGUGACACACUUAUUUUGCCCUGCCGACAUCUUUGUCUCUGUAACUCCUGUGCCGAUUCUCUGCGUUACCAAGCCAAUAACUGCCCCAUCUGUCGUGCGCCAUUUCGUGCACUCUUACAAAUACGAGCCGUUCAAAAGGGAAUCAGCACGCAGAUGCUGCACCAGAAUACUCCAACUUCAGUGUCUGGCGAGCCAGCUCCUCCAGAUGUUCCGCCUGGAUAUAUACCCGUCUCACUUAUAGAAGCCUUGAAUGGCCCUCCACAAUAUGUCUCUCGUACCAGGUAUGUGUGAGUUGUUCU